CGGGCGAGAUGUGUGAGCGGGCGGCGCGCCUGUGCAGGGCCGGCGCGCACAGGCUGCUCCGGGAGCCGCCGCCGCAGGGCCGCGCGCUGGGCGGGCUGCUGCGCUGGGUGGGCGCCAGGAUGGGGGAACCCCGCGCACCGCUCGUCCCCGACAUCCCCGCCGCGGACCCCCGCCCCGGGCCCGCCGCACCGCGAGGGGGCACAGCCGUCAUCCUGGACAUUUUCCGCCGUGCGGAUAAAAACGACGACGGGAAACUGUCCCUUGAGGAAUUUCAACUGUUCUUCUCGGAUGGCGUCCUCAAUGAGAAGGAGCUGGAGGGCCUCUUCCACACCAUUGAUUCAGACAACACCAACCAUGUGGACACAAAGGAACUGUGUGAUUACUUUGUGGAACACAUGGGAGACUAUGAAGAUGUCCUGGCCUCCCUCGAGACUUUGAACCACUCAGUCCUGAAGGCUAUGGGCUACACCAAGAAGGUGUAUGAAGGUGGGAACAAUGUGGACCAGUUUGUGACCCGCUUCCUUCUGAAGGAGACGGCCAAUCAGAUCCAGUCGCUGCUCAGCUCUGUGGAAAGCGCCGUGGAAGCCAUCGAAGAACAGACCAGCCAGAUCCGACAGGACCACUGCAAACCUAGUCAUGCCGUCAACGAGAGCCGCUACGGAGGACCCACUCCUCCCUACAUCCCCAACCACAAGCUUGUGGUCCCGGAACCAGUGAAGAGCCUGCCUGUGGCCACAGGGGAGCCAAAGGAGGAGGGGCUGGAGGUCCAGAUAAGCCGAUUGGCAGAGCUGAUUGGGAGACUGGAGAGCAAGACCCUCUCGUUUGACCUGCAGCAGCGCCUCUCGGAUGAAGAAGGUACCAACAUGUACCUGCAGCUGGUCCGGCAGGAGAUGGCUGUGUGCCCUGAGCAGCUGGGCGAGUUCUUGGAUUCCCUGAGACAGUACCUCCGGAGCACUGCUGAAGAAAGGAACUGCUUCCAUGUGGCCGCGGUGAGGAUGGCAGAUGGGCUAACCUUCGUCAUCUACGAGUUCUGGGAGACAGAGGAGGAGUGGAAGAGGCACCUGCAGAGCCCUGUGUGCAAGGCCUUCCGACAUGUCAAGGUUGACACGCUGAGCCAGCCCGAGGCACUCUCCCAGAUCUCCGUGCCAGCUGCCUGGUGCACCUCCGGCCGAGACUGACCCCUCCCAGUUAAGAAGUCCUACUGCCAGCCCCGUGCCCCUUCUUGUAAAGGGCAAUACCCUUUUCUAGAGACUUUGGUAAACAGCUGUCUUUUCAAUAUACGUAUAUAUCAAAGGACUUGUAUUUCCCCUGCUGCGGCACAGAGGAGGCCCAUCCCCUGGCGUCCCCACACCUGACUCUACCUGGCAGACUACUCUUGCAACGAUCCUGGCACGCUAGUAGGGGUGGCUUCCCAGA